UGAACGGAAGCCUCCGCUCCCUAAAUCGCCCAUACGCCUCCGAUCUCGCCGUCCUCUCCAACAAUCAUCUAAUUCUACACUCUCUCUUCAGACUCCAUCAGGUUCUUUGAACAAAUUUCAAAAAUCAACUCGUCCUCUGGCCAUUGAAGAAUCUGCGCUGCGACCUGAAUACCAGACCAUAUCAUGCGAGAUAAGUGCUUUGUCAAAGAUGGUGAAGGAAGAGCUUGGGAAUGCAGAGAAAGAAAACUUUGAUAGUUUUGCUGCUGGGGCUGCUUCUUGCGGUUCGAGACCGGGUGUUUUGUUUGAGAGAGGGAGGUUCUAUGAUGAAUACUCUGCCAGAAGGAACGAGAGGCUGAGGAGGAAGCAGGGAGUGGUGCCAGUUGCAGAGGAAUCGAAGCUGCCGGCAUACUCUGUGGGACUGGGUGUUACCAUGGAAUCUGCAAAGAAAUACAGUUCAAGAAAACUUGGAAGCAUCAGAAAAUCCGUUACUGCUGCAUAUUCUAUGGAGAUGAGUGAGGCACAAACGCCAAGGUACAUGCUCAGAAGCAUGACCAAGGAAAAGGAAACCAAGAAACCUACUCUUGCUGCUGUCCCCAAACCUCCAUCUGCAGGAAGGAAGAUUGGAACAAGAACAACUAGAAUUUGAAAUCUGUCUUCAGUAUGAAAUAUGACCUUUUUUGUUUCUUUUGAUUGGUUGGAGAAGAAUUUGAUUUAACUGAUAUUUGGAUUAAA